GGCCUCGGCCUCUAUGUGACGGGCUUGGGCGGCGCCCGCGCGGCCCCGCUCGGGAGAGGUUUCAAAAUGACCAACGAGGAACCUCUUCCCAAAAAAGUUCGACUGAGUGAAACAGACUUCAAAGUUAUGGCACGUGAUGAAUUGAUUCUAAGGUGGAAGCAAUAUGAGGCAUACGUGCAAGCUUUGGAGGGCAAGUACACAGACCUUAAUUCUAAUGAUGUGACUGGCUUAAGGGAGUCUGAAGAGAAACUGAAGCAGCAACAGCAAGAGUCUGCUCGAAGAGAGAACAUCCUUGUCAUGCGACUGGCGACCAAGGAACAAGAGAUGCAGGAGUGCACUACUCAGAUCCAGUACCUCAAGCAAGUUCAACAGCCUAGUGUUGCCCAACUGAGAUCAACUAUGGUAGACCCGGCGAUCAACUUGUUUUUCCUAAAAAUGAAAGGUGAACUGGAACAGACUAAAGACAAACUGGAACAAGCUCAAAAUGAACUGAGUGCCUGGAAGUUUACGCCUGAUAGCCAAACGGGCAAAAAGUUAAUGGCGAAGUGUCGAAUGCUUAUCCAGGAGAAUCAAGAGCUUGGAAGGCAGCUGUCCCAGGGACGUAUUGCACAGCUUGAAGCAGAGUUGGCUUUACAGAAGAAGUAUAGUGAGGAGCUUAAAAGCAGUCAGGAUGAGCUGAAUGACUUCAUCAUCCAGCUGGACGAGGAGGUGGAGGGCAUGCAGAGCACCAUUCUAGUUCUGCAGCAGCAGCUGAAGGAGACACGCCAGCAGCUGGCUCAGUACCAGCAGCAGCAGGCCCAAGCCUCGGCCCCCGGCACCAGCAGGACUACAGCUGCGGAGCCCACGGGGCAGGCAGAUGCCGCAGGUAAAGACUGCAGUCGGCUGGCCAACGGACCAAGCAAUGGCAGCUCCUCCCGCCAGAGGACGUCUGGGUCUGGAUUUCACAGGGAGGGGGACACAACCGAAGAUGAUUUUCCUUCCUCUCCAGGGAACGGGAAUAAGGCCUCCGACAGCUCUGAGGAGAGAACUGGUCGAGGAGGUAGUGGUUACGUGAACCAACUCAGUGCGGGGUAUGAAAGUGUAGACUCUCCCAUGGGCAGUGAGAACUCUCUCACGCACCACUCAAAUGACACAGACUCCAGCCAUGACCCUCCGGAGGAGAAGGCCGUGAGUGGGAAAGGUAACCGAACUGCGGGCUCCCGCCACGUUCACAAUGGCUUGGACUCCAGUGGAAAUGUACAAGGUUCCGUUUUGUAAUAUUUUUUCCAGCAGAUUUUUAUACAGUGUCAUUUCGUUUGGGAGAGGAUACUGUCCAGAAAUUAAUGCAUACUUUGGUCACAAUUUGCCUCUUUUGUGGGUGUUUUCUUUUUCUUCUUUUUUUCCUUUUCCCUUCUCUUUUUGCUUCUAUACUUCUGCCACUUUGAAAAUUGUAACAGUUAAUUGCUUUGUUGCUUAAAAAUGGACAUUUUGUUUAGGCUCAAGUUAUUUUUUUAUGAGUUAAUGUGAAGUUGUAAAUGGAAAUCUUUCUUCCAGUAUAAACACAAUGAUGUCUGUAUAAAUCUGUGUCUGUCUAGAAACUGUGCUGUGUCGGGCCUUCUUCCUCAUGCUCUUUUAGACUUCUACACCAUUCAGGAUUGGUAGAGUAGAUGCCAGGUCACGACUGCCAAGUGUGCCCAGUACAGUAGCUUUAUCACUAAAAGUUGGACUUGUUGAUGGGGUCCUAGAGUAGUUCCAGUGUUAGAUACGGUUUUCUCCACCAUACAUCUGUGCAUUUUCUCUUUAGGUGACUGUUUAAGAAAUUUGUGUGCAUAGUUAACUCAGUUUUUAUGAACUGUUGUAUCCUGUUAAUGCAUAUUGCUCUGUGACUCUAGUAUAUCUCACCUGUACUGACCAAACCGAAAUAAAAGAUUUUUAUGGUAA